UAAGGGGAGGAGCAAGAGGUGACAUCUUGGUUCAGAGAGCCCAAUAUUGUGCCUCCUUGGGAGGAGUCAUCAAGUGUCAUAAAAAGCCUUCCACCACCUCCUUCCCCUCAUAGCCCUCAGCCCAACCAGCAGCAACAUUUUGUGUCCACCUGCCCCAGAGGCCUAGAUCCCUGCGCAACAGACGCCUGCCCCUGUGUUCCCUUCCACUCUGCAUUACCCGCCAUAGUGUCCUCUCCCACCAGCCAUGAGAAGGAAAUAUUCACACCAGUGCUUCACCAUUCUGUAGCCUCGUCCUGGCCUGGCCUGCAUUUCACAGGCUGGAAGAUGUGAUGACUUACCACAAAGGAAUAAAAAUAUCUCAGAUAGGAAGUCACUGAAGAUGUUUGGGGGAAUGUGAGGGAGACCUUCCUGCCUCUUCCCAAAUCACACCUGUCUGUAGCCACCUGCCUUGGUGACACUAUACAAACUAGGAUUAAGACCUGACAGCGUAGAGGUUUCGUGCUGGGCACCUCAAGCUGGUAAGGCUUCUGGUCACAGGGACCUAAGCUCCUUCCUGCAGCUACUUUUAGUCCUCAGGCCAAGCCCCAUCUUCCUGUUUCUAGGGCUAGUGUGGGCAAUCCUGCCCAGCCCCUUAAAGGAGACCACUCAGGAGUCCUCCCAGCUCACACAUUACUGACCUCAAACCGUGCUGACCCUUUCAGCUUUUCUUUUUCUGUGCUCUGUAUCUGAGUACAAGGGGACAUGAACUUCUAGUCUAUAAACAAUCUUGCCAAGCUGGAGCCAAGGCCUCAGGAACCCAUUCCAAAGUUCCUUCAUGGUACGAGGGGCACCUGACCAGCUAGAGUGGGCUCUUCCCAGAGCCUUGCCCAGAGACCCCAUCUGUCCCACCCUGAUGGCCACUCCCUGAGCUGAGACCACAGGGAAGAACCUUCCCCAUCUGCUGCCCCCUCCACUGUCAUAGGCCAUCUGACCCUGGUUGGAGAAAUGGGGGCUGGGGGAGAGGCAAGAAAAGUGAGGCGAAGACCCACUCUGGUCCUGUCUUGACGUCCCCGCAUUGCUCUCACUCAUUCCUUCUUGCUUGUUCCUCCUCCCUUCAUCCCUGCCUCCUGCCCCAAGUCAGGCAUGUGCUCCCUGGGCCUCUCUCCCAUGUGCAUGUUAAGGUCAUGCUGAGGACCUGGCAAAAGGAAGCCUGAGAACUUGCAAUGUGAGAAUAAACUGACCAUGGACAGUGGUGGCCACAUCUAGGAAGCAGCCAGACUUGAGCCUAGCAGAGGAAUUCGGAAGGAAGGGACAGUGGCAGAGACAAGCCUUGCUACACUAAGCCACUGUGCAAAUGAUUUCAGGCAACUCCUGUCAGCCAUACUGAGGUGCUUCACAUUCAGCAUGGCCCCCUAGGGUCUGUUUCUGCCCCUGCCUGGAGUCAAAGGCACAGUUUUAUCUUUACUUUUAAAAAGAUUACCUCUGUCUCCUCAGUUAAAGCCCCUGGUGUCACAUCUCCAAGUCUCCCCUUGCCUAUCCUCUGCAACUUCAGCAUCCUUGGAAGCCAGGCCUCUGUGCAGAUGACUGGACCCUUCAGGUUAAGGACAGUAGGCCACCAAGAGGACAGGCAACCUUAUCCUGUACCAUGAUUAGAGCCAAGAGCAUGGGGACAGCUCACGCUACCCAAAUAUGGGAUGAGUCCCAAGGGAGGUAGAGGAGGAGUCCCCAAGGCUUGGCUGCAGCUCCCCUGACUUGGAGAGCCACAGCUCCUCGAAGUCUUGUGUAGCUGGGAAGACGCACCCAGAAUAAAGGAGGUGCCAGUGCAGUCCAUGCAGAAAGACCCUUGCUUCCCAGCUCCAUGAUGAAACAUUGAGGAAGGAGAAGAGAAGAUCCAAAGCUGUCACUGAUCCAAGGAGGUCUGGUGCACACACAAUGGCCUUCCGUCGAUUUUGAGCAACAGACAGUUUGCACAGAGUCAUUGUCAUCUUCACUAUAACAGAGUCACGUGUGCAGGCCCCUUCUGAGCUCCUUACCUCAGAGGCACAAAGCCUGAUGCUCCUCACCACAGUGGCCAUGCCAGUCUUCAGCAAAAAGAACGAAACACGAUCCCAUGGCAUUCUCCUGGGUGUGGUGGGCUCUGACGUGACCCUAAGAGAGCUCAUGAAGCUGGCACCCCGAUAUAAGCUCGGGGUACAUGGCUAUGCCUUUUUGAACACUAACAAUGGCUACAUCCUCUCUCAUCCUGACCUCCGACCUUUGUACAGAGAAGGCAAGAAGUUGAAACCCAAGCCCAACUACAACAGUGUGGACCUCUCAGAAGUGGAGUGGGAGGACCAAGCUGAAAUCCUGAGGACCGCCAUGAUCAAUGGGGAAACAGGGUCUCACUCCAUGGACGUGAAGGUGCCACUGGAUAAAGGGAAACGAGUUCUAUUCCUGACCAAUGACUAUUUCUUCACGGACAUCAGUGACACGCCUUUCAGCUUGGGAGUGGUGCUCACCAGGGGCCAUGGAGAAUACAUCCUCCUGGGGAACACGUCUGUGGAGGAAGGCCUACAUGACUUGCUUCAUCCGGAUCUGACCCUGGCCAGUGACUGGAUCUAUUGUAUCACGGAUAUCGACCCGGACCACCGGAAGCUCAGCCAACUGGAAGCUGUGGUCCGUUUUCUGACAGGGGUGGAUCCAGACCUGGAGUGUGAUGAGGAGCUGGUGCGGGAGGUGCUGUUUGACGCAGUGGUGACCGCACCCAUGGAAGCCUACUGGACAGCACUGGCGCUCAACAUCUCCGAAGAGUCAGAGCCUGGUGUGGAAGUGGCCUUUCUGGGGACCCGGGCUGGCCUUCUAAGAAGAAGCUUGUUCGUAGGCUCCGAGAAGGUCUCUGAUAGGAAGUUCCUGACACCUGAAGAUGAAGCCAGUAUUUUUACCAUGGACCACUUCCCACUGUGGUAUCGGCAGGCCUCUGAGCAGCCCCCAGGCAGCUUUGUCUUCAAUCUCCGCUGGGCAGAGGGACCAGAUAGCCCCGGCAAACCAGUGGCGGUAAGGGCCAGCACGGCAAUAACUGUGACAGUGGACGGGAAGACGGCCAUUGCAGCAGCCGUGGGCAUCCAGAUGCAAGCGGACUACCUCCAGCGCCAGUUCUGGGCAGCCAUGCAGCAGUGCAACACUGUAGAGGGGCCCUGCCCGAAGCGCUGCCAGGACACUGAUCUGGACUGCUUCGUCAUAGACAACAAUGGCUUCAUCCUGAUCUCAGAGAGACCCCAAGAGAUUGGAAGACUUCUGGGGGAAGCGGAUGGUGCUCUCAUGACGCAGCUUCUCAGCAUGGGGGUGUUCAGCCGUGUGACCAUGUAUGACUACCAAGCCAUGUGCAAGCCCCCGGAUCACCACCACAGUGCAGCCGAAUCCCUGAUCAGUCCUCUCUCUGCCUUCCUGACGGUGGCCAAGUGGCUACUACAUGAAUGUCUGCUAUUCCUGUUCGAGUGGAGUGCUUGGGGAUCUUGGCAGGACAAAGGGUCAGAGGCCAAAGCUGUCUUCCAUCACUCCCACAAGCACAAGAAGCAAGACCUCCUGCACCCCUGUGACACAGAGUACCCAGUGUUCGUGCACCAGACGGCCAUCCGGGAGGCCAACGGGAUCAUCGAGUGUGGGGGCUGCCAGAAGACAUUCGUGAUGCAACAGAUUCCCAGCAGCAACCUGCUCCUGCUAGUGACAGACCGUACCUGUGACUGCAGCGCCUACUCUCCCAUCCUCCAGGAGGCCACAGAAGUCAAAUAUAUCGCCUCCGUCAAGUGCAACAGGAUGCGCUCCCAGAAGCCCCGGAGACGACCAGGCUCCUGCCAUGCCUUCCAUCCCGAGGAAAAUGCCCAGGACUGUGGCGGUGCUUCAGACACUCUGCCUUCAUCCCCUCUGCUCCUGCUGGCACUGUGGGCCUGGCGUCUUCCGCCCCAGCUUCUGUGGUGACUCCAUCCCAUCUGACUUUCACAGAAGUCUCACAGGACAUUCUACAAAGUGAUCAGCCAAUGAGAGCCCAGCUCACUGCUGUAGGGCGUCUCCUUGGUUUCAGUCCUGGGCUACAAGUCUCUGCCUCUUAGAGAUUGCUAGAGGGCUCCCCAAGGCUCUUCAAGCCUUCUACUCUUGUCUCAAGUGGAGGAAGGACAGGCGUUAGUCACUCGUUUACCGAAGAGUUGCCUGUUUCCCAGGCUGGUCUCCUGCAGAUCCGAGGAGUUCUGGGGGCUGGAAUUGAGCAGUGAGGCCCUUGCAGAGGCUGUGGCAAGAGCGUGCUUGCCACCAAAAGGAGGGUACUUUUAUCCAUUACAGAUUAAUGCAAGGGAGGACCUGGUGGUGCACACCUUUAAUCCCAGCACAAACGGAAACAACAGGAACACAGUAGAGUCCUGGGAACUCUCAGCACCCUUCAUCACUGAAGAUGCCCACCCUUUUUACACUAACCAUCUGAAGGAGAGUGGGAGGAAUAUAUGGGAAGAUUUGGAGGGAAAGGGAAGGGAGAAAUGUUGUAAUUAGUCUCAGAAAGGAAAAGAAAAGCUAUUAGGAUGGCUCCCCGUCUGCUGCACUGGGCACCAGCAUGGCACUGGGCAGGUACGAUCCAGAAGAGGUGAUAAGAAAAAGCAGAACCUGGACAAGCUCCUCUCACAGACCUCAGUAAAGUAGAGAGCUAGGUGAGGUCUCCAAGACCCGUGGUGGGCUGGCUUUCUGUGGCUCGUGAUUUACAAAAGAAACUAGACUGUUUCUGGGGAAAGUCCCGGAGGUUGGAAAAUAGCACAUAAUCCUUGCCACACUGUUCAAGUAAGUUCUACAAUUUACCUGCACCUUUUUGGCAUUUUUUGAUAGGUAUCUCUGGGUAUUUGUGUACCUGUUUGUACAAAGAUGUGGAGGCCAGAGGUGAUGUUGGCUUUCUUCCUCAACCACCCCUGUACUUUUCUUAAAGAUAAGAUCGCUCACAAAAUCUGGGCCCUCCAAUUCAGCCAGACUAGCUGGCCAGCCAGCCCCAGAAACCCUUCUGCCACUGUCUCCCUAAGGCUGGGGCUCCAAGUGUGCCCUGCUAUUGCCCUUGUGUUUCAAUAAUUUAGGAACCUAACUUGGGUCCUCACACUCUACUGGCUGCCCCUCUCAAGUCCCACAAUUUACCUGUCUAUUAAAUCAGGAAACUAAACUGGUGGCAGUGGUGCACGCCUUUAAUCCCAGGACUGGGAGGUAGAAACAGGAAGAUCUCUAAGUACGAAGCCAGCCUGGUCUAUAAAGUGAGUUCCAGACACCCAGGGCUACACAGAAACCUUAUCUUAAAAACAUAAAAUAAAUAAGUAGAAAGGAGAAAAAAAACCAAAGCGUGAGGGAAAACUGGUUCUCAAUCUUAGCUCUGUGAAGUAGUAGGCAAUGUACCUAGAGCUAGCACACAACACAGUUAGCACUAACACAGAACCUCUCACCCCAGCAUCCUGCUUCAUGGCUUGGAAGGUAGGAAAGUACCAAGCUGCCAUAGCUGUGCUUCUUUCUCCAUGCCACCAAGGCGCAGUACUGUCAGGUAUGGCAGAGUAGGCCUGUCCUGAUUGCCACCAUAGCACCUGCCUUGUCAUUAGUGUUAUGACCUCUACUCAGCCACAUUAGGUCUCAAUGAGAAGCACAAAUCUCUUAAGGGGAUUGUCUUCUUCACCCAACCAGGGAGAGCAUUUGGGGACGUUUAUCAAUUAUUUUGGCCACAGGAGAAAUGCUAAGUGUAGGAUGCCAGGCAGCUCCUGGCCAUGAGCCAUGGGGCUCUUGUGCCUAGCACUGCUAAGGGAUUUUAAGUUUUGGAACAUCACCAGACAGCUGAAGAAAAAGCAUUUCUGAUAAGCCAAUGAUGCUCUGUCCCUACUGUGGACAGGAGUCUCCCAAGGCGUGCCUGCCUCUCAAUUCUGAGGCUAAUGACAAAAGGACAUGUAGGAUGGCCAAGACAUGAAGCUGGCACCCCUGAGAUUUAAUGGAGUCACAGCGCUCAGGCAUCUUUCCUUACCUGUGUCAGAAGCAGCAGGAAUGUACUACGGAGCUUCCUGGGCUGUAAUAUAACCACCUCAGAUAAAAGGCUUUCACGGGGCUUUGUGAUGCCACAUCAAGUUUUGGUCCAAGGGAACAUAGGAGUGACCAUAUCCUAAGGUCAAGGGGGGCUCAGAUACGAAAAAGAACAGAGCAAGGGCUCAGCAGAACCUAGGCCAAGUCCGAUGGCAGCUUCAGAAACAUGAGCCCUGCAUCACGGAGGAUGCAGAGAAUAACUUCUGACAGAUGAGGGCACAUGGGACCAGGGGAGGAAAUUAACCACAUGCAUGGCAAACAACAGGACGAAGGAGGACCUGUACCUGCCUCCUAAUUCUGGAUCUAGUGCGGCGGCAAAAGGACAGGAGGCUAAGCCUAAAUCUUCCCCAGUGGUUUCUGAGGAGCUGAGCCAUCGAGUACAUAGAUCGGGAGUGGGGAAGUAUCAGACGGUUUGUGCUCAGUGGAAAGAAAAUGCUUUUAGACAGUGCUGUUCCCGGGCUGUGGCGACACCGCCCAGAUGGCUCUGACAAAAUGCAGGGGCCAAGAGCAGGUGGUCAGGCUCCACACGGCACUCAGACCUUGAUGGUCACUUCAACCAGGUGGAGAGAAAGAAAGCUCACCAUUUACAAAUAAGGCCUAUGUAGCCCAGGCUAGCCUUAAACUCAUGAUCCUCCUGCAUCAACUUCCUGAAAGCAGGAAAGUUUCUAAAAAUUCCUUAAACUUCCUCACUAAAUUAGAAUAUUAAAGCUAUCCCAAAAGAGAUGGUUUAAAAGGAAAGGGGGGGCGAUAAAAACACAUCAAAACUUAUUUUCCAUUUGGCUCUUUUUAUUAGAGAAAUCGAGAAGACAGCGAGUAGGGAAAUCCCCAUAGUGAAUGGAACCAUCACAUAGAUGCCUUUCUGGAACCCCAACCUUCUAUGAUCCCCAAAAGUGUGCUUGUGAUUUCAGCAACUUACAAAGGGGAGAGGAAAUACUGAGAAAGGCCACUAUUUAAUAAUGAAGGAGUGAAGGUGUACAGGUUCCUAACCAGCCUAGGGCCAAAAAUAAGAAACAAAAGGUGUGCGCAGAGCAAGCUAGCCUCAGACUGCUGAGAGUAAGGCAUUCAGGUGCCAGCCUGGCGAGUUCCCGGAGGCACCACAAGGUCAAGUGCACAUGGAGGCUGUUGGUAGUGAGCUGCGCAGACACACAGGGCACACGCAUGCCCACACACGCAUACCCAGAAGGAAAGUUAUCAGACUACACGGUGGUGGUGAUUCUGUUCCCUAAGAGUUUGUGCUAUGUUGAACCAGAGUCUCCCUGCUUUGGGAAGAGGAAUGACUAGACCCAAAGACCUCUACUUCUGUAGGUGUCAUGAGGAAGCAUUUCAUGCUCCUGUCCCAAAGUACGUGACCAAAGAGUAUGUCUGGCUUCUGAUAUGUGCUGUUAUUCCCACAAACCUAGGUGAGCUUCCUUCCGGAUGGACAUUGUCUUGUCCAACUGCUUCUUGAGGAAUUAACACUGUUCUUAGUUCUGUCUGGCACAAUGCUGUUCACCCAGAGCUUUCUGUUUGAUCUAUCUAGGGCAGUGACCUUAUCCACAACCAAAAUACUCUGAGGUUCUUCCCAGGUUUACAAUGGCCUCCUCCUUCCUGGAAUCCCAGCUGCAGCUGGGUAGGGAUCUGAGGGUAAAGGAAGGACAGCAAUGACCAAGAAAAUACUACUGGAUAAUAAACAGGACCUCCUCAUAUUACCAAGCACCCCUCUGGAGAUGCCCGAGGCCCCACGUUACACUGCAAUAUCCACCAGCCCCAGGGAGUGAUACCCAGAGUCUAAGAGACUCAGGAGCUUGGUGUCUCACUUAGGAGCCAAGACCCAACUCGUUGCUACUCUCUAAAACCCAUAACAUGAUGGCCCUAGGACAGAGAAAUUAUCUGUAACUUCUAGCAGCAAUUCAAAAUUGUGGGUUUAACUCUAUCAGACUACCUGGCAAUAACAUACCACUUCCUUUCCCGCUCUGUAGCACACUUCUUGCGAACGGCAUUCAGUGAGCACUAACAAUCCCACAGUAGGUGUUACUUUCUCAUCCAAGGAGAAGAACCUGCUCUGUCACGCCAAGCUGACCGAGACGGCACCAGAGAGAAACGCCAUCAUUCCUGAUCCCAGGGGAUGGUUCCCCACACCUGCCCAUAUGACUUCCGGUGGGACCCAUGUUCAUCAGAAUCUCACUAGUGGCCGGGCUCCAUGCCAGGAGCUCUGACCCCAAGAGGGGGAUAGGGCAGGUUUUUUUUUGUUUGUUUUUUUUUUUCUUUUUUUCGGAGCUGGGGACCGAACCCAGGGCCUUGCGCUUGCUAGGCAAGUGCUCUACCGCUGGGCAGUUUUUUAUUUCCAGGAGGAAGGAGGACAUUUAGAGCAGGGAUUCUCAAUAGAGCAAAGUUUGCAGAAUGGCUCAGGGCUCCACCGAGAGGGUCUGGGAAAUGGCCGAUACCUCUAAUUCAGGUAAGAACUACCACCUGGCUAAACGAGACACCAGGAAGAAGCAGGCAAGCCCUAGGCUGACGCUCCCAGGUCCUCCUCCCCUUCAUCAACUCUACUACACCUAAGGUAGAACUAGGUGGCUUCACUCUUCAGAAGGGUCAUUACUAGCCUACGUAACAGUCUCUCAAAUGACACUUUCUCUUAGAGCCAUUAUGACAACCUGUGCUGCUUCCACUGAGAAAGCACAUACCACUUCCUCCCUCAUCCCUCCCCCUCUGAAUGCCC